CGGCCGGCGACUGGCGACCGAGCUGUGACGGUGGUGGUGCGUGCGCCGGCGACAGUGUAAUAAUUUUUUCGGGUUGUUUUCGUUUGCGCGGCGGUGCACAGUCAGUCCGCGCGCGCGCGGGUUUGUUGUCGUUGCGUAGUAUUGUUUUCAUUGCAAACAUUUCCGCGGAAAGGCCGUCGCGUCUCGCGUGUUCCUCUAGUACGGACGACCCGUGUUUUAUAUACAUGUAUACACGCGCGCACAAACACACCUAUCGAUCGAUAUAUUAUAUACGUGUAUAAUCGCGAUCGAGUUCGCGGAAUAAUAAUAAUAACAAUAAUAUAUAUAUAUUUUUUUUUUUACAAAAAACCACUCUUUUGUCGUUCGAAAUAUAAAAUAUAUAAUAAUAAUUUUUUUUUUCCCCCGUCGCGAGUGGAUACGAUCGCGUAUAAAAUACCCAUUUACCGUCGUCAUGCACACGCUGUUCGGCGACCAAAACGCGUACUACCGGACCGGCAUGUACCCGGGCACGUCCAACCCGGCCGCGUAUCCGGGCGCGUACGAACAGUACGCCCGGUACGGUUACAACCCGGCGGCCGGUUACCAGGCGUCGCACCACCAUCACCACCAUCACGUGGUGUCGGCGGCCGCGGCCGCGGCCAAGGACAUGGUCAAGCCGCCCUACUCGUACAUCGCCCUGAUAGCGAUGGCCAUACAGAACGCGUCGGACAAACGGUGCACGCUCAACGGUAUCUACCAGUUCAUCAUGGAGCGGUUCCCGUACUACCGGGAGAACAAGCAGGGCUGGCAGAACUCGAUCCGGCACAACCUGAGCCUGAACGAGUGUUUCGUCAAGCAGCCGCGCGACGACAAGAAACCGGGCAAGGGCAGCUAUUGGACGCUGGACCCGGACUCGUACAACAUGUUCGACAACGGGUCGUACCUGCGGCGCCGCAGACGGUUCAAGAAGAAGGACGCGCUCAAGGAGAAGGAGGAGGCCAUCAAGCGGCAGCAGGAGCUCAUGCUCAAGAAGGUCACCGAGGAACAGUGCAAGCUGCUGUUGCACGGCGGCGGCGGUGGCGGUGCCGGCGUCAAGGAACUGAUGCACGUCGACUGCAACAAGCAGCCGAAAAAAGAGCCGGGCGUACAGCCGCCGUCCACGCCGCAUCAGUCGGCGAACGGCGGUGACCCGGCCGCGCCGCAGACUCCCGGUGGCCCCGCUUCCUCGGCACCGCCACCGCCGCCCCCGGCGUACCAUCAGCAUCACCAUCACCUGCAGUACGACAACGAUCAUCAGGACGAUUCGCCGUCGGCCGCCACGGGCAAUCACCUGCACCAUCACCAUCACAGGUACAUGACCACUCCGACCGUGGCGGCCGCCGCCGCAGCAGCCGCGGCCGCCACUGGCGAUCACCAUCACAACCACGGCGACGAGUUCGCCUCGCACCAUCAUCAGUACGUGGCCGCUGCCGCUGCGGCCGCGGCCGGCCACCACCGGCCGCCCGGCUGGUAUAGCGCCGACCCGUCAGACUUUUUCGACGCCGUCGUACCCAACCCGGUGGCCGCGGCCACGGCGGCCGGAUGUGGGUUCCGCAACUCGCAUCACUCCACUCCUGGCACCCACACGCAGCUACACAAUUACUAUCAACUGCAGCAACAGCAACAGCAGCAACAACAACAGCAGCAGCAACAGCAACAGCAGCAGCAACAACCGCACGACGGUAAUUCAUCCGUCAAGUUUUCGUCACAACUAUAACGACGACGACUACGACGGGGAAGGACGAGCUACUGCUACCGCUGCUGUCAGACGAACAAAUUGUACUCGUCCGCGUGAGAAGCCAGAAAAACGCGUCGCGCGCCGCGACCGAGACGAUCGUGCCGCUGCAGGAAGAGAUGGAGACGAGAGAAAAAAAAUUCACCAAAUCGAGACACGAACCACAUGCUGCCGGCUGUCACUCCUCGGAAAACGCGUCCGCCGACUAGGCUUAUCAGGUGACGGACGGACGGACGGUCGUGCGCGUAUCUAUCGCGGUGGCUCACAAGUCCGACGCCCAUUUCUGUGUAUAUUAUGUGUGAGUGUAGGUGGGUGUGUGAUGUGUGAAGUGUGAUGUGUGUGUGUGUGUGUGUGUGUGCUGUCAAUGUUUGUUUUAUAAACAUAUUAUAUAUUAUUAUUAUUUGUCAUUUUUUUUUUUUAUUCUUACGAUUUAUAUACAUUAAACGCCCCGCGAAGAUUCGAUUAUUAUUAUUAUUAUUGUACACGUUUAAAGAGUACGAUCGCGCGAGUAUAUUAUUAUAUAUGUAUGUAUAUAAAAUUAUAAUAAUAGAAUAUAGGUAUUAAGUUUUUACUAUAGCUCAUAUGAAUUACAGUAUACUAAAUGUGUCCCACCGUGAUUUCCCGCUUUCCUGUGUUAUAGUCACAUCACGACCACCGGGAAAAUUCGGUGGGCCAUCGUGAUGUAUAUACAUAUAUAUAUAGUAUUAUAUAAGGCACUUACGCUGUACUAGAAUUGUAUUAUUCAAUGCUCGAGUCGAACGAUCGAUUAAAAAGAGACGUAAUCGAGUUACACGAUAUUGAACAAAAAAAAAAAAAAAUGUAUCCUUAUUUUUAUAUCGCAGUGAUACUAUAAAAGCCGGUAUAACGUCCCAUUCUAUAUAAAGUAUCUCUGGUAAAAUCACGUCUAACUUCUAACUGUAAUGAUAAAAAACGAAAUUAAAAUAUUUAAAAAGAUAUUAUUAAUUUUAGUUAAUUGUUUUACUCUACAUUUUUUUUAUUUGGCUUUCUCGCCAAUAAUAAAAAUUUCACACAUUGUAAUGAGUAGUGCGUUUAUCGUUUGUACACUUACGUCAUCUUCGCUAUAUACGUUGUUUGCUAUAAUAGAAUAACGAUAUUUCACGUAAAUCGCACGGGGGUACAAUAGGUAAAAAAUUCUAAAUAUUUUAUCGGAUAACUCUUUUAAAUGUGAUUUGCAUUUAUUAUCAUAUUAUACCUAUCGUAUAUUAUUAUUAUUGUUUAGGUACGCAUCAACGCAAACGCGUGAUAACAUAUGUAUCGCGGGGUAAAAUCAUAUUGAUAAUGAUAAUAUUUUAUUACCUCAUAAAGCCAUGACAUCACCAUAAAAUGUAUGUAUAUAACAAUAUAUACUUACGAAUUACAAUCAUAUCGCCGUAGUACGUCGUAUACGAAUCGUCACGGGCACAACGCGUAGUUACUAUAAUACAGUAUUACUAGCGAGGCAAAGACGAUGGCAGAAAUUUCCUUAAAUCUUUUCGACGAAGUUCGAAAAUAUUUCAAACGUUCGUUCAACUACGUACACGAGCUGCUAAGUUAAGUGUAACUAUAUUAUGCGAUAAUCAUUUAGUUGUGAUACACAUGUUGUGGGUUAUCCGAAUGACAUGGUUUUGGUUUAUCGUUCUGAAUUCGCCCCUACGAUAUGCUCGUGCUUUUAUCAAUAAUUUGUAGCGGACACUGUGGCCAUUUAAAAUACGUAAUAUACAUAUAUAAUAUUAUUAAAUAACACCAACGAUAAUGCGUGAAAUAGUAUUAUCCGUGAGAAUUUUAUUAACUUAAUCGUUUAAAAUUAGUGUCUACCCUCCCGAUCAAUAAGAUAUUGUAAUGCAUAAUAAUUUACGUAAAUUUCAAAUUAGUUUCCAAAUACGUUUUUCACUUCAUCGAAUAUUUUAAUCGUUUUAUCAUUAUUAUAUCAUCGUUAUCCACUAACUGCUGCUAUAUGAUGCUCAUCUGACACGAUCUCGCUCGACUCUUAUUAUUUUAUUUUUCUCUUCAUUGAACAACGUGUAGCUCAAUAUUGUAUAUAUAUAACUACGAAAAAAACUGUACCUAUAUAUUUGCUUUAGUUAUUAUUCUUAUAAUGUAAAAUCGGAAACUAUGUAUAUAUUAUGUAAAUAGCCUAUAAAAUUAUUAUUGAUACGUUUGCGUCGUAGCUCUCUGUUAGUAUAUACCUCGAACGAGCUUUACAUCAAUUAAUAUCAUUUUAUAACACGGUGAUAAUUAACAAUUUAUACAAACAGUUAAUCCAUAUUUUGUUUUAAGCACAACUGCAUGAAAGUAGAAUCGAUAAAAAAUGAGAUUAAUUACACAGAUGUGCAAAUCGCUAUAAAAUUAACGAAAGUUUUAAAUUUUUUAAUAAUUAAAAGUGUUCUGAACUUAUACUUAAUGAAACUUAAAUGGGUAUUAUUUAAAAAAAUAAUAACGUUUAUAGAUGUUUUGCGGCUAUAUAAGAUAUAUAAAAAUAAGAAAAAUCAAUUAACAAGUAGGAUAAACGAGAUCUUUACACAUUAUAAUGGGGGAAGGUCGUGGAGUAUAUGGAGUAUAAAAAUAAACAGUUUUGCAACAAGUCCAAUUUUUUUUUUUUUAUAUAUUAAAUUAAAAAAAAAAAAUUAUUAAACGCAAGCUAUUUUUUAAUGUAAAAUUCGUUCGUGGUAUAAUGCCGGUAGUCAGUUGUACCUACGUAUAUAUUUAUAUAAUGAUCAUAAUAUAUGUACCCAUAUCGGUAUAUAAUAUUGUACACCUGUUGUAACACGCGCGCGUCUGCGUAUAUAUAAUAUUGUACGCGCAUAUAUAUUUAUAAUAUUUUAUUGUAUUUUAUAUUACUCGUCGACUUUUUUAGUACAACGAUUUUAAUCAAAAUAAUAUAUGUAAAUAACUUGCUAUAAUAUAAUAUUAUUAUGUAAACCAGUAAAUCUGUAUAUAUAUACAUGUAAAAGGAAUUAUUAUGCGAUUUCACGUUUGAUUAUAAUAUAAUAUUAUAAAUAUAAUAUAAAUAUAUCAUAUUGCAUUGUGUACAAUUUCGUG